AAUAGCCAAUAUUGGUUUGAAUCAUCAAACAGCUGCAAUCAUUGAUAGUAUUGACAUAUAAUAUUAUUUCUUUUUGGGUCAGUAAUUGUUCAUGUGCUUGCUUCUAAGAUGCUUUGAUUGGUAAUGAGAGCGGACUUACAUUGGAACAGGAGAUUAGAGGAUUUGGAACAGUUGACAAAUUUACAAGAUGAGCUCCUUGAUGCAGCUUCAUUAUUAGUGAAGCCUGGAGGGACACUAGUGUACAGUACUUGUUCCAUUGAUCCUGAAGAGAAUGAGGAGAGAGUGGCUGCCUUUCUCCUCAAGCAUCCGGAUUUCAUUAUAGAUGUUGCUGAUAGGUACGUCCCACCUGAUUUUGUUACGGACAAAGGGUUCUUCUUCUCCAACCCAGUCAAACAUCGUCUUGAUGGAUCAUUUGCGGCCCGCCUGGUGGUCCUAUAUGUAGACCACAAGAUGAACCCUGGUUAGCAAGAAAAACGUGAGCCUCUCCUCUUUAAUCAGGACAAGGUAGGGCCAUGAUGUGAUACAAUUAUCCAAAAAGAAACUUAUCUCUUGUAACUAAUGCCGUCAAAAUCAUUAUCAUGCUGCAAAUCGUAAUUGGGGUUGAAUCUUAUUGAGUUACAAAUGGUAUCGUAAA